UUUGGAACCGGAACUAAUCGAACAGAGGAGGAGAAGAAGCGGCCGUGGGAGACUCCUUUUGUCCUCCACCGCAGGUCACGUGGUGGUGGCACGACAGCUCCUUCCUCUGCCCCCCCCGCGGCGGAGCCCGGUGCGGCUGCAGCAUGGCGGACACGGCCUCGCAGGUGCUGCUGGGUUCCGGCCUCACGGUGCUCUCGCAGCCUCUUAUGUACGUGAAGGUGCUAGUGCAGGUGGGAUAUGAACCCCUCCCUCCAACUCUGGGAAGAAAUAUUUUUGGACGACAAGUCUAUCAGCUGCCUGGUCUCUUUGCUUAUGCAAAACACAUUAUGAAGAUUGAUGGGAGGGCUGGACUCUUCAAAGGUUUGGCUCCUAGACUCUGCUCAGGAGCCAUUGGCACUGUAGUACACAGUAAAGUUUUACAGCACUGCCAGAAUGCUGACCAAAGUGAGGAAUUAGGGAGUAGUCGUAAAGAAUCUGGAUCCUCUCUGGAUCAAGUUAUCAAGGAGACCACUCAAGAGAUGAUUGCACGUUCUGCUGCUACACUAGUCACCCACCCAUUUCAUGUGAUCACCUUGAGGUGUAUGGUGCAGUUCAUUGGCAGAGAGACCAAGUACAGUGGAGUGUUUAGCUCUUUUGUCACCAUUUACCGGGAAGAGGGCAUCUUUGGAUUUUUUGCGGGCCUUAUUCCCCGCCUGCUUGGAGACAUCCUGUCCUUGUGGCUUUGUAAUAUGCUGGCCUACCUCAUCAAUACCUCUGUACUGGAGAAUGGGGUCUCCACCAUGACUGAGAUGAAGAGUUACUCUCAGGCUGUCACUGGAUUCUUUGCCAGUAUGCUGACCUACCCCUUCGUACUGGUUUCAAACCUGAUGGCCAUUAAUAGCUGUGGGCUCGCUGCUGGCCUCCCACCUUAUGCGCCAGCGUACACCUCCUGGUUACAUUGCUGGAGCCAACUGCAUGGGGAGGGCAACAUGAGCCGAGGCAACACCCUGUUUUUCCGGAAGGUGCCUACAGGAAAGCGAUAUGUGUGGGAAGAGAAGAGAUUUCAUUGAGUCUGCAGCCUCUUGUGGCUGCUCCAGAUGCACAGAAUGAUGGCAGUGUGUUGAUUUCUAUACAGUUUUUUAAAAUAAUCAUUUAACCUUGGGAAAUGGACUUGACUGCGAGCAUGACUUAAUGACAAAAGUAGAAGGGGAAAUCCUGUCCCCACCUCUCUUCCCUCAUUUAGAGGGAGGAUGGGGUAAUUGCCAAAAAGCUGCCACGGGGAGCUUCCCACGAGGGGAAAAAUGGAGGUUUACUGUCUUGUGAAUAGGGAUUUUUAAAAACUUUCUCCAGAGAGAAACAUCUGUGCUGGGAAUAUAGCAUGGCAAGAACAUGUGCCCCUCAUGUUCUUGCCAUGUUGUCCACUUACUACUGCGAGUUGGUUGCAAAGCUGUGUUUUUUCUCUGGAAAUAGGCUGCUGAUGGAAUGAGAUGGGUUCCAUUUGGCCUUGUGCAUUUUAUUUGCAGCUGUUAGAUCAACUUGGGGAAAGUGGACCAAUAUUUUUUCCUUACCCAGAGACAAAGUCAUUUCUUAGUCUUCAUUCCUUCAAACAUAUUGUUAAAUUUUGCUUUAGUUAAGCCAGAAGAUGAGCCUGCUUGACUAUACAGAAGGUUCAGCAUUAUCAAGGGGCAAAUAGAACCUGUCUUCUGCUGCUGAGCAGAUUCAGAAAACAUCUCUCACUUUUUCUGCAAGAUGGCUGAGGGAGAUUUACUCGUGAUGGCCACUGAAAGGAGAUGCCACUUUUAGUAGUCCACUGUAUGGAUUAAGCAAUUUUCUCCCAAAGCUAUCACAAAUAUUUAAAAAGGAAGAUCUGUGGUUAUGGGGAGAAAGCCAUCUAAUUACUUGUCUCCCACGCUGCCCACAAAUAGCCCCCGCAUAGGGAUAGCUUUAAUGUAAAUUGAAUUCUGUGUAGCCUUUGCAAGAUUUCAGUCAAAAACUGAGUGCCAAAGCUUCUUGGGCACAAGAGCAUUUCAUCUGGCAUUCAUGCAGAAGUUCUAAGUGAAUAACCAUCUUCUGAAAAUGGCGAUUCCACCACAGGAUGGAAGGGUAUGAAGUAGGGUCCUUUGGGUACAAGAGACUCCAGAAGAGAUGAAGUUACCCUUAUAGUUGUGCCUGGCGAAAUGGCUGUUCAAAAAUGUGAUCAGGAAACUUACUGGCAGUGCAGAAUGUUAUGGGGUUAAUUCAAUAUGCUCUUAAAAUUCCAUUCAAAUUUUAUAAUGUCAAUAAAGCCGUAAGUGUAACUGGAGGACAUAAUUGAUACACAUUUGUAAUAUGCUCCUACCAGCUACCCAGUGUGAUAGACUGUAAGCUUGGUCCCAUGUCUUCAUCAUGUACUGUGUAAUUAACCUGGUGGAAGAGCGUUUCUGUCCCUUCUUACAAUUUUUAAAAAGAGAAGAUUAUUCAUACUUGAUUAUGCCACAGUCCCCAGAGAAGUUGUAGAUAGAUGGGACAUUUAGAUGUUAUGUAUCAGAUUCCAAAGUAUGUUGUCUUCAGACAGUUGGGUAUGUUACACAUAUUAUGAUCAGCAAUCCAGCAAAUGUGAUAAUUCCAAACACAUGCUCUUUAUAACCUCUCUAGAUGGCAUUUAAGGUAGUUUUAUUUUUGGAUUGGAAAAGAGCAACUAUUUUUGGCAUGAUGGAUAGAAUAAAUAAGUGAACAAAUAGAGAUAAUGAGCAAACACCCUGAGUGUGAUACAUUGAUGAAAUAAGAGAUAUUCAGAAACACUAAAUACUUGUGAAUUCUGCUGGUGACUAUGGUAUGGUAUGAUUCACUUAGGCAAGAUGCUUACAUUUUGAAGGGGCUAAGGUAGUUUCAAGAAUUAAGCUAGAUGCUUAAAGCCCUACACAGGAAUAUAUCUUUCUGGUAAAUUCUGACAACUGAAUGUGUUCUCCAGACCUUGUGGUAAGGUCAUUAGUCCUUGGCUCCUAUAAGAGUCUGGGGCCCUACGGCUUUGUUUAAAUAGCCUGGAAUCACUGUACUAAUGCUUAAAAAAUAGUGACUUUAUUCUUUCUCACUGAUAAAAUGAGAAAUGGUUCCUCAGA